CCGGCGGAGCUUAUAGUAAGCUUUCCAACGUGGCAGAAUCAAGGAACUCUCGCGUCUAAUCCCUCCGCGCUGAGUCCGCGGCUACUUGUGCAGUAUGUUUAUGCCGCGGCCGCAGGGCUGCUUCUUUAUAAAGGGGGAGCACAUGGUCUAGGAUAAUGAACCUCUCCAACUGGCUGUUGCACUCCACUUUUAAUCUUCAGUGCUCCUCUAAACGCAUAUAAACUCUGGAUGGAGUCAUCACUUGCUAGCGGAUCAUCCAAAGUUACUAAUUGGGAUCCCGAACCUGUUGUCCGGCGUCCCACUCUUUCUAAUGCGCACAGAUAUACUCUGCUUUUGAUCUUCUGCAUUACGCAGUUUCUAUACACACUCACUAACUCAGCAUUAUUCUCCGCCCUCCCUUCCCUUGUCCGGAAGUUUGACUUCACCCAAAGUCAGUCAGUUUGGAUCAUCAGCGCAUACCAAUUGUCUUUUGCAUCUUUUCUCCUUAUGAGCGGAAAAAUUAGCGAUAUUUACAAUCCUAAAUACACCUUUAUAACGGGAAAAUUGAUCCUUGGGAUAAUCUCCAUCGGCCUUGGUUUUGUCUCCGAUGGUAUCUUGUUCCUUGCACUGAGAGCCCUAAGUGGAAUUGCCGCGUCGCUCACCGUACCAUCGGCUCUAGCAUUGGUCAUCGGGCUCUUCCCGGAGCCUAGGCAUCAAGCGGUGGCUAUUGCAGCACUUGGAGCUUGGGCAGCAAUUGGCCUCGUACUGGGUCUAAUUACCGGUGCCCUUUUUGUUGAAUAUGUUAGCGCGAGCUGGGUAUUUUGGUUUGUGUCGAUAGUGGUUAUACCAUCUACGCUCGUUUCUGCGAUACUUAUUCCUCCACAAACAAAACCGGCGGUCCGAAAGAGCGGUAUCACCAAAUUCAAGAGUCUUGAUGUCACCGGAAUAUCCAUUCUUACAGCUGCUAUUAUACUCUUCAUAUUCGCUGUCACAUCGGGAUCGACUGCGGGCUGGGGAUCAGCCAUGACACUCGCACCUUUGAUCAUCUCCUUCGCCAUGAUUUCUGGAUUCUUUUACUGGGAGACCCUCCUCCCAACUGAAUACGCCGCCGUACCGUCUUCCACAUGGUUUAUUCCGAAUUUUUCUGUUUUGUUCGGAACGGCUCUCCUGCCAUAUUUCUGGUGGGCGAAUGUCUUCACCACGUAUGUGUCCCUGUGGCAAGACAUUUAUCAAUGGAGCCCCAUGUCCUCUGCUGUGCGCAUGCUUCCAAUAGGCAUCACUGCCUUUCUCUUCAGUUUCGCUAAUAGGUGGACGGGGGUCAUCAGUGCCAAGUGGUUGAUACUUCUUGGAGCAGUGAUGAUGAUGGCGGCACUCAUGUUAUUUGCCUUUGCCGACGGACCUGACAAGUACUGGCCACUGGUGUUCCCCGGCUUCAUCGUUGGUUCUGCUGGCGCAAUGUUAAUCCACAUGUCUGCAAACAUCGCAAUAUUCCGAGCCACGCCCCCCUCCAUAGCGGGCACCGUGGGCGCCAUGUUCAAUUGCGGCCUGCAACUCGGCUCUGCUAUUGGGUUGGCCGCCGUCAGCUCCAUCCAGGCGAGUCUGCAACAGAAAGAUGGAGGCCCUUCGAAUUAUGAAGGCCAGUCUGCUGGCUUUUGGUUCAUGCUGGCGUGCAUCUGUGUUGCUGCACUGGCUGUUCUAGUCUUCUAUCGUGUGGACGUGGCCCCGGAAGUCGUGUCAUUGGUGCUGUUGCCUAUCGGCGUGAAGCAGGACGCGGCGGCAUUGCAAGGGGAGUUGGUUCCUUGGCCUGCGGAGGAAGUGAAGGUGGAUCUGUCGAAUGCGAUGUCAGAAGACGUACCGAUUGGUCUGUGCUUCUCUGGUGGAGCAGUGGUGGAAAAGAAGUGAGGGGGUACUAAAUGACAGGCAGGAGCAUCUGUUUUUCGGAUUGCCAGGCUGUGCAGAAUGUAUUGAUAGGUUCGAGAUGAAGCAUGAAGGAAUUUAGACCCACGUGCAAAGGCACUCGGUCUAAUGUGUCAAUUGCUUUCAAGUUUAUUAGUACAAUAUAGAGGUCGUAAUGUAGAACUCCGAUUCCCUCCGUAGAAACCUUUGAAAUAGUGUGUUGAGUUCAUAUUCGCAAACCCUGAUGU